ACGUUUGUUAAAUCAAAAGCAAUAAAAGGUCGUUACCAACCCUUCCUUCAGAUUUGACUCUCCGGCGCUGUCCUUCUCUUCUGCAUUCAACCGGCGAUUCUCAUUUCUUCAGUUCUUGAAUAACUGUAUCAUGCCAUGGGAUGUUAUUGAAUAAGAAGAAGGAGGGCUCAUGGUCAUGAGUCUUUUUCUGAGAAACCACCUUACUUUCACAUCUUACCUUGGCGGGUUUUAAUAUUAAAUAAAUAUUUGCACUUUACAUACAUCGUUAUUAUAUUUCUAUUGUGUUGAAGCAAUCUUACAAUUUCUAAUGGUAAAUCAGAAGUAGCACCAGUAUUUAAUGGCUUCCUUCAGAGCAUUUUGGAACAGUCCAAUGGGUCCCAAAACUACUCACUUUUGGGGACCUGUUGCCAACUGGGGAUUUGUGGCAGCUGGAUUGGCUGACAUGAAGAAACCUCCAGAAAUGAUCUCUGGCAACAUGACAGGAGCAAUGUGUAUCUAUUCAGCAUUGUUCAUGAGAUUUGCAUGGAUGGUACAGCCACGCAACUAUCUACUUUUUGCUUGCCAUGCCUCAAAUGAGACUGUUCAACUUUAUCAAUUCUCUCGAUGGGCAAGGGCAGAGGGGAAUUUGUCUGCUGAGAAGGAGGAAACUUCAGCUCAGUAACAUGAUGAUGACACUUUCCUCGGUGUAGUGAUUUAAAAGAUUUUGCAUUUGAACUUGUCGACGUAUGAAUAAGUGAUCGGUGGUGGUAACGAGGGCCUUGUGGAAACUGCUAAGGAUUCUGGCCGAGUUGAGCGUAUUUGAGGGCGUAUGGGUGGGUUUUAUAUGUCUAACAUAUUAACUGACCCAUGAAUGUUUAAUUUUAAAGCAUAACAAAGAUUUGUCUAUUUCUGAAAUUCAUUUCAAUUACAAACUUGAAGUUGAGCGUUGAGGAUUGUAUUGUGACUAGUUCUUUUGUUGAUGUUAUUGAGAUAAAAAUAAUAAUUUCAUA